AAGGCAAACGGAUGCACGUUCAACUAUCCACAAGCCGUCUGCGCAUCACACCGGGAAUGGGAGAACGAAGCCGAUGUUAUCGUUGCGGGAAGGAUGGCCACUGGUCCAAAGAAUGCCCCCUAGACCAAAUGGCUUUGGAGCUUGCGCAAGGAACGGGCUAUCCUCCUGAUCCUUAUGCAGAUUCUUACAUGCCCCCGCGCAGUCCGCCUUACACUGCAGCUUAUGCUGAGCGUGUUUAUUAUGACGAUCGAGAGCGAAUCAUCGACUACUACCAGCGCUACCGUGUGAGGCCCUCUGCAUAUGAAGACUAUGUGGAGCGUAGGCUACCUUCUCUCCCCUCUACAUCCCCAGCUGUCUCCAUUGCAUACAGGGAGCGUGUUCAAUACCCAUACGAGAGGCAUCUUCUUCCACCCCCAGUGGCUAACCCAUAUUACUCAAGGGAUCGAAGCCCUUUACGCAGAUCCAGCAUUGAUGGGUACAGAGCAGAGCGCAGGUUGUCCCCGAUCUCGCGGAGCGCUCUCUAUGGUAUCCCACGACACACCCGGGAAUCCUACAUGGAACGCACGCGAUAUUUCUAAACACAGGAGGUUAUAUAAUUUCGGGCUCCCGCGCGUCUGCAGUUGCGUUCGCAAUAAAAUUUUACCUUCGGUCUUCAAAACUGUACUCCAUCCAUCGAGUAAAUUUUUAUUUUUGUUUUCUUCGUUGAACAAAGAUCAACCAUUGUAAUUUUUUUUAUAUGUAUCUAAAUGUAUAGAUAUAGCAUUCCUGAUAAACUGAACCCUUUAAUAUAUUAGAAAUUCAGUGGGUUGUUUUGCGAUCAACCUUCUGUUUUUCAUAUAAAUCAUUAUAGAAGUUUGGUAGGAAGGUUUGUGUUUUAUUUCCCUGCUUAUAGCAAAAUGCUUUUGAGCAAUUUAUUGGCAUUUGAUCUAACUGAAAAGUAUGGGCUUCUCUCCCCUCAAAGUUAAGAUGUAGUUAAAGACUACCAAGUUUAAUUAUUCAUUAUAUUAUUCGGGUAAACUUGCAGCUGUCUAUCUUCAUGAGGUGAACGCUUUAGUUGAAAGAAAAAAAGGGGGAAGAAAAGUGCCAGUCGCUUUCAUUUUUAUUCCGGUGUGCACUAAAAUGUUAAGGCCACAAUGUAUAAUUGCCAAGAAUGGCAUAACAAAUACUGUUUUUGAACUUUGUCAGACAUCCGUUUAAUCUACGGAACAAAGUGAAAUUUUUAGCGUCGGAGAUUUAGCGGCAGCCUUAAAAGAGCGGUGGCUGUACUUUUAAGCACAGUGGAGAAAAAAAGAAGCAUUUCUGGUAGCCCAGUAGAAAUUUAGGAAUUUAACUUACGGCAUAUUUACUGUGAUAAUUUUCUACAAGACGUAAUGUUUUCAUUACAUCACUUGGCUAUUAUAAACCCCGAUAAAAUUGUUUUGCUGUUGCAAUGUGACUUCUAAUUGUUACCUGAAUAAAAUUUUGAUUAAAA